GGAUAUUCGAACCUGCAAAGCUUUACAAAUGAUUUACACACGCAAAAAGUGAAAACACGUUUCUGUAAUACCAUGUUUUUCUUUUGCAACUGCAACUGAUAUUUGCAGAUGCAAGUACGAUUUGCAGAGCUUCUGUAAUCUCACCCUUAAUAUUUACUAAGAGAUUCGUAGAGUUAAAUAACUUUAGAAACCUUUUAAAAAAUACUUUUACAGCCGACUAUCUUCUACACCACUGAUUUAUAAUUUUGACUUUUGUAAGCAUUGACAAGUUUAAUUUAGGUUAGGAUUUAAGUAAACAAACAGAAUUUUAGAAAUAAAAAUAAAAUCAAAAUAAAUAAUUUACAAACAAUAAUAACAAGAAACCAUUUUUAAUUAAGUACUAAAAUGAAAGUAUAUGAAAAACACAUAAUAAAAAAAUGAGUGAUUCCGACCUACCUCUAGCAGCUGAAGACAUGGGAGUCAAAAGAGAGAUUCCUCAAGGUGGAAUAAUAUUGGAGGAAAAACCUUUUGUUUAUAUUUUAUGUUCAAAAUUUAGGACCGAAAGAUGUGAUUUCUGUUUUAAGAAGGACCAGUUAUCGAAAUGUUCAGUAUGCCGCAACACAUAUUAUUGUGGGAGAGCCUGCCAAAGAGAGGGCUGGUCUGUUCACAAAUUAGAAUGUCAAUAUAUAAAGGAAAUUGCCCCCAGAGUAUUGCCUGAUGCUGCAAGGAUGUUAGCAAGGUUGAUAAAAAUUAUUGAAAAAGGUGGUGAUAGUACUAAAGGGUACUAUACAGAUACAAAAUAUAGGAUGUUUAAAGAUCUGAUGUCCCAUUACCCUAAUCUUAAAAAUGACCAAAUUAGGAUGGAGCAUUUUUCAUCGUUAUAUGGAGUUCUUUAUGAAUUUUUUAGAGGGGAGUGUAUGCCAAAUUCGGCUGAACUUAUGGGAAUGUAUGGCAGGAUGUGUGUGAACUCUUUUAGUAUUUGCAAUCAAGAACUUCAAAGUCUGGGUACCGGUAUGUAUUUAGGAGCCUCAAUUGUCGACCAUUCUUGUAAACCAACAGCUGUGGUUACUUUUGAAGGAACUACAUUGGUCAUGCGAGCUUUAGAAACCUUUAGUAAUUUGGAUUGGUCCAAAAUAUUUAUAAGUUACAUCGACGUAAUGGCUACUAAAAGAGAACGACAAGCAGAACUAGAACAAACUUACUACUUUCAGUGUCGUUGUCCCAAAUGUAUUGUACCGGAACUAAUCAUUGAAAUGACAGGAGCGGCUUGUCCAAAUUCCGACUGUGAUAAUUGUAUAGAUAGCAUAUCGAUGCAACCAGGUGACAAGUGUUCUAAAUGCGACUCAUUGAUUACUGAGGAGUUCAUAAAAACUUUCAAAGAAGUUUUGGAUAUGACUUGUAUGCAUUUGGAUAGUAUGAAAGACACUACGUAUUUGGACGUCUGUGAAGUAUGUCUCAAAAAGCAAAAAAAUGUUUUCUAUAAAUACAACGUGAAACACAUAAAAACUAUGGACUUGGCAUUUGACAGCAGUAUAGAAUUUGGGAAAUUCGAUGAUGCGACAGAGUAUGGUCUACAUCUUAUUAAAAGUUUUUAUGAAUAUUAUGGAAAGAUUCAUCCGAUGACUGGAUUGCUCCAUUUAAAAUUGGCAAAAUUGUUCUUAUAUCAAAACCGAUCUAGAGAAGCGCUCCACAAUCUCCAAAAGGCAAAAGAAAUCUUAAAAAUAACUCACGGAUUAACUAGUUCAUUGUUCAAAGAACAUAUCAUACCACUUUACCAAGAUGUUAUGUUAGAGAACGAUAUGUAGUUUUUUAAAAUAAAAACGUAUUUUUUUAAUA